AUGGGAAAUCUAUCCUACGACCCAGAAUGCCCGUCUGGUGAUCGAAUGCCUUCACUGGCCAACUAUCAUUUCACCGAAAAUGCCAAUGUCUUCAGCAUCCCCGGUACGCUACAUGACAACAGGACCGCCGGCCCGAUGAGCAUAUGUUGUGCUCCCAGCACAGUCCAGGCUAUCGAUGGCUGCUAUCUAUGGUGCCAUGUCCCAGCCCGGCAUCUCGAAAAGGGAGUCGAAAACACAUCGAGCAGCAUGAUAAGGUGCUUGCACGAGAACGACCUGAGCGAGGAGAUCAAGGGAUUCCAGCUGUACUCCUCGUCCGCUAGUCACCCGGUGCAGCAUUGUCGACCAUCAGCAACGCACUUGGGAUUUCUUCUCCUGUUGAUCUCCUACGUUACCAAUAGUUUCGUUGGCAUGGGAGUGUUGUAA